AUGGCGAGUGAGGCAGGGGUGGUGGAAGCUACGGCGACGGAGGCUCAUACGGCGGAGACGGUGGCGAAGCAGCCCCACAAGUUGGAGAGGAAGUGGUCGCUUUGGUUCGACGACAUGUGGAAGCCCAAACCACGCGCCGCUUGGGGCUUUUCGCUUCGCAAGGUCUACACCUUCGACACCGUUGAAGAAUUCUGGUGUUUGUAUGAUCAGAUAUUUAGGCCCAGCAAGUUUGGUGCAAUUUUCUAUUUUUAUUUGUUCAAAGGUGGGAUUGAGCCCAAAUGGGAAGAUCCUGAGUGUGCCCAUGGAGGCAAUUGGACUGUUAAAAGUAACAAAAAGGCUAGUCUCGACAGUAUGUGGCUCGAAACUUUGAUGGCUUUGAUUGGGGAGCACUUUAAUGAGGCUGAUAAGAUAUGUGGUGUGGUUGCCAGUGUGCGUUAA